AGUAAUUAUUAAUAGAAAAAAACAUAUCAAAGUUAUCACAUUAAUCAAAAACAAAAAAUGUUUAAUUUCGGAAUGUUUGCUAGCAAUUUACCUCUAUCAUUUAACACACAAUAUAGAUGCUACUCAGUUGCUAUGUUAAGUGGCAAUGAAAGAAAAGAUGUUGAACGAGGAGCUAAAAUUAUCUUGCCACCUUCUGCUCUAGACAUUUUAACUCGUCUUAAUAUUGUAUACCCUAUGUUAUUUAAACUGACCAAUCAUCGACUAAAGAAAUACACUCAUUGUGGUGUUUUGGAGUUUGUUGCAGAUGAAGGAAAAGCCUAUAUUCCUCAUUGGAUGAUGCAGAGUCUUCUAUUAAGUGAGGGGGAUUUGAUCAACAUUCAGAGUGCUACGCUACCUGUUGCUACAUUUGCAAAAUUUCAACCUCAAACAGUUGAUUUUCUUGAUAUAACUGAUCCUAAGGCUGUUUUAGAAAAAGUAUUGCGUUCAUUUGCUUGUCUUACAAAAGGAGAUUUAAUUGCAAUAAAGUAUAAUGAUAAGGAUUAUGAAUUACUAGUUCUUGAAACUAAACCACAGGAUGCAGUUUCUAUCAUUGAGUGUGACAUGCAGGUUGAUUUUGCACCUCCUGUUGGUUAUGUUGAUCCAAAAAAAGAACCCGAGAAAAAAAAGUCAGAAGAAGAAGAUGAAAUAUCAUUCGAUGGUAUUCCAGAAGAGUAUAUAGACAGAGGAAAAGAAAAGCUUUUUCCUGGUACAGGAGUUACUCUACAUGGUAAAAAAAAGCGUUCAAAAGACAUUGUAGAUGGUGAAUCGCCUGUCAAACCAAUUAUUAUAAAAAGAGGUAUACCUGAUCUGAAGUAUAAAAUAGGUACUUUAGUGUUUAAGAGAAAACCUAUUCGACCUUCUGACCAAACAGAGAAUAAUUCUGGUCCGAUAUUUCGAGCAUUCGAGGGAGAAGGGGUUUCUUUGCGGAAGAAAAAGUUAUAAAGCAUUAAAUAUUUGACGAUUUAUUAUGUUUAUAUUUAUUUAUAUUGUUUCAACUAUUUUAAUGAUUAUUAAAAGCUUAUUUUUUAUAUUUUCCAAAGAAUAUCUGACAACUUA